AUGAGCAAAUCGCAUGAUCCAAACGCAGAAAUCGAAGCCAUAGGCAUAGACAAUGAGCGUAACGAGAGAUCACUGCUCCGCAAGUUGGAUAGGAGGCUCCUGCCCGCGGUUGGCGUGCUGUAUCUCCUCUCGUUUCUUGACCGUAGUAAUGUUGGGAAUGCCCGUAUUGAGGGCAUGGUCAAUGACCUGCAUAUGACAGGUAAUCAGUAUCUUACCGGGCUGACCCUCUACUUUAUCGGUUAUGUACUCUUCGAGAUUCCUUGCAACGUCAUACUCAAAAGGACAAGCCCACGUUUAUGGCUUCCAACACUGACAAUCGCUUGGGGCAUUGUCGCCACGCUUCUCGGAGUUGUCCAGAACCUCCAGGGCUUUUUUGUGGCCCGAUUCUUCUUAGGUGUGACAGAAAGCGGGCUCUUUCCAGGUGUUGUAUUCUACCUCUCGAUGUGGUACAAGCGAAGGGAGCGACAGUAUCGUAUCUCUUUGUUCUUCAGCGCAGCGUCCCUUGCAGGCGCAUUCGGUGGCAUAUUAGCAUAUGGAAUCGGCAAGAUGGCAGGCGUGGUUUGGCACAACGGAUGGCGUUGGAUUUUCAUCUUGGAAGGGAUUGCGACAGUUGUUGUCGCUACUAUUGCGUACUGGUUCAUUGAGAAUUAUCCCGAUACUGCCAAAUUUCUCACCAAGCCCGAGAGAGAGCUCAUUCAAACGAGGUUGGCCGCAGACUCCGACGCCAUGAUUAAAGAGGAGUUCAAUUGGGCUGCCGUACUAGAAGCCAUCCGAGACCCAAAUUGUUGGCUAUAUAGCUUGGGCUUUCAUACGAUGAGCCUGCCACUCUAUACACUGUCCUUGUUCUUGCCGACAAUCAUCAGCAAUCUCGGAUACACAGCAGCAAAGGCUCAGCUACUGACGAUUCCUCCAUAUGCAUUGGCGUUUGUCACCACAGUAGCAGUCGCCGUCGCAUCUGAGAAGCUGGGUAAGAGGGCCGUCUUUCUCGCUGGGUCCUCUCUCAUCGCCGCCAUCGGAUACAUCAUUUUGCUGGCAAAUACUGACCCCGUUGCCCGACCCGGCGUGUCGUACGUGGGCACUUUUCUCGCCGCCGCGGGUAUCUACCCGUCGACGGCACUUGUGCUUUCAUGGCCGGCAAUCAAUGUAUCUGGUCAGACGAAGAGAGCCAUUGCGAAUGCCAUGCAGAUCAGCAUCGGCAAUCUGGGGGCUGUCAUGGGGACACAGCUAUAUCGAGCAAAUGACGGGCCGAGAUUUGUUGUUGGACACUCAGUGGCUCUGGCAUAUCUUUGCGCAAAUGCCGUCGUGGCUUGUUAUAUUGGAUGGCGUUUGAAGUCUGAAAACAAGGCCAGAGCUGACAUUUCACCAGAGGUUGAGAAUGUGGGUGAUGCAGUCGAUUGGCAGGGGGAUAAAGACCCUCGGUGGCGCUUCUCUUACUGA